GGGCCCACGAAGACAGUUUACGUUAGUCGGGUUGUUGUUGCUACCUAUGCUCCAAAAUAAGUGCGAUGUCGUUAUGAUAUCAUAACAUAACAGAUGCAUACGGUGAAAGCUCUUUAUAGCCUCCGACCAUGGACCCAGUGGUGCUGAGCUACCAAGACAGCCUUCUGAGGCGCUCUGAUGUGGCCCUGCUGGAGGGUCCGCACUGGCUCAAUGAUCAGGUGAUUGGGUUUGUCUUUGAAUACUUUGCUGCCGAGCGCUUCAAAGACCUCAGCAGGUCUGUGUGCUUCAUCAGCCCCGAGGUUACGCAAUUCAUCAAAUGUGCAUCUUGCCAAGAGGAGCUGGCCCUUUUCCUGGAGCCACUGCAGCUAGGGACCCGCCGUUGGGUAUUCUUGGCUGUCAACGACAACUCCAAUCAGACGGCCGGUGGGUCACAUUGGAGCCUUCUACUGUACCACCGCGACAAUAGCCUCUUCGCCCACUACGACUCGCAGAGCGGGGGCAACUCUAUUCACGCGCGCCGGAUUGCCUCCAAACUGGAAGCUUUUCUCGGGGGCAAAGGCAAAAAAGUGUCCUUUGCAGAAGAGGCCGCUCCUAGACAGCAGAAUAGCUAUGACUGUGGUAUGUAUGUCAUUUGCAAUGCUGAAGCGCUGUGUGAGAGUGCGGAGUUUGGAGGGAACCCACGCCUCCAGAGCCACACCAUCACCCCGGACUACAUCACCAGGAAGAGGGCAGAGUGGUGUAGACUGAUCCAGAGACUUGCCAAAAAUUGACGUGCCUGCAGAGGAGUUAGGUGAUUGAUUGCCCAGCUCCAGCUUCUAUCUUAAACCGCUUUGUGUUGCAAGGUCACUUCUGACUUGUCAGCUCAGAAGCAGAGUCUUCCAGAGAUGCCCUUAAAAAGAACGGCGGGAGCCCAAGCUGUAGAAUUCUGUCGGAGCUGGGCGUUUGCAUUAACCCUGAUCUCACUAGUCUUCACAGCCAGCAUGCACUUUCAUCAGCAGAAUUGUGGCACUCUCACAGGUCAUCUCAAUUGCCAAAUCACAUGAGCAGAUACAGUAAUGGAAUGACAAACAACCUAGCCAAGCGUAAGAUUUAAUUUUCAGUGUGAGCGUAUUUUGAAAUAUUUACUCCUUUCAUCAUCAAAGGGAUCUAAAUCAUUAAAUUCAAAUCGCAUGAAUUUUGAAUGAAGCCUAAUAUAUAGUCAUUGGGCUCAUGUGGACAUGCUUGUUGGUUUGUUUGUUUGCCCAGACGAAAUAGCGUUGUUUACUUAUUGGAUAUCAAAGGCCUAGCUGAGACAGUGAAUGUCAUAAAAGAUGGAAGAGUUUUAAUGUAAUUAUGCAGCGACUCUCCAUUUAUGGUUCUCCUGUCUUUACCGAAUGUGAUGCUUGUUUACAACUUUGUGUUCCCCUCAGGGUUGUGUUAAGUGAAUGAAUAGAAAAAGAAUGUGUUAUGUAUCCAUAUAAUAAAAAUGCACUGAAAUAAUAA